AUGUCUGCCGAAGACACCGCCGAGAAGUCGGAUCUCUCCAGACGGAGAGAUUUCGCCCCGUCCAAGGACAGCGAGAAGUCUGGGGACGCCCUAUGGGAAGCUUAUCUAGGAGCCGUGCAAGAAGAAGACACCACCAUCGCAGAGAGCUGGAAUGGGUCCACCAAUGGCAUCCUCACGUUUACCGGCCUCUUCGCCGCAACUGUCGCGGCAUUUGUGCUCGAAAGCUACAACAUGCUCUUGCCGGAUCCCAGCUCUCAGUCUGAUUUGAUCGGAAAUCAGGCCCUCAUCCUACUCGCACAGCUCGUUUCCGCUGGGAACAACACACCAGACAUAGCCCUUCCGCAAUUGCAGGCGGAGCCCUUCGAGGCACCUCGAGUAGCAGUGGUUGUCAACUCUCUCUGGUUCGUGAGCCUUGUUAUCUCGCUCGUUUGUGCUCUGCUGGCGACACUCAUACAGGAGUGGACUCGCGAUUUCCUCCGGGACAUCCGCCGCCGCACUCCGGAUAUGACUCUCAGAACAUACACGUUCAAUCAUAUCUACGUCCGUAUGGGCGUCGAGAGCUUCAAAUUGGACUACGUGACCUCUUUCAUUGUCGCUCUCAUGCACGUCGCUGUCAUCCUGUUCCUGGUUGGGCUGGUGAUGUUCCUCCGCACGGUCCAUCACACUCUGGCAACUGUGGUUGAGAUAACGUGCAUUGUGGCCGCAUCCAUAUACUUUGUGUUCAGUGUUUUGCCGUUCUUAAAGAACAGCUGCCCUUACCGAACGCCUUUGACUUACAUCAUGUUCUUCGUCGGUUGGUUAUCAGUACUGUUGAUUGCACUGAUAUUCCAAGUGAUGUGCAUGGCAGUCCUGGUGGGACUCUCCACGGUGCUGUUUGCGCCAUUUCUCGCGCUUUUCCUCCCUUCUUAUGCUGCAUUGUUCACGAUAUGUAUCGUGGUAAUUGCGAUCUGUCUCGCCAUCAUGCUACCUUUCGUGGCCAUCAGCCUUGUCGUGUUAUUCAUCUUCGGCGUCAUAUGGGGCCUCUACCAGUUUCAUAGCCAUUCAUGGACAGAGAUCUUCGAAUGGGUCACACAACAGGUCUCAAGUUCCGUCGGAAAACGCGCACAGCGGCCUGAAGUACGAAAGGCGUUGGGAUUCGGGUUGAGUGUCCUGCGGCCGUUGUGGUAUAUCAUUGCAGCGCUCCGUUUCUACAUGCAUUGCACGCUACCAACGCGACGCCUUCCCGGGCAAAAAGAUGUCCCUGUCUAUAUACCGGAACACCUGGGCGUGUCUUAUCUAGCAAAAAGACUGUCGGGGGAAGAACACUUCAUCACCGACAACCGCUUGCUCUUCUUGUGGGAACACACCUGCACACACUUCUUGAGUUCAGAACGGCGUGUUGAUCUCGCGGAUAACCUCCUUCGAUCACUCGAUCUCAACACACAGAAUCAUGGUGCAUUCUGCGUAUACCUUCGCCACAGCGACGCAUUCCUGAGAAUUCUCGCUCAGAGUAUGAGCUCUUUGGAGUCUUCAAACGCCGAGAUACUGGGAAUGCUAGAGUUGUUGAAGAUCCUCCUUGGAGCUAAACAUGACAUAGAAUAUUGGAUCAUGGAAGACGACCGAUGGACGGCCAUGAAGCGUCAUAAGAUCACAGAUUGUUUCGUCGGAUUCUCACGAAUGAUCACUCGUGUUAGCCCAGCACAUCCUUCCAGCAUGAACGAUAGGAUCAGGGUGCUCAUGGGGCUCUUUGAGCUCCGGCAGACGUUGAUACUUAUGCGGUAUCCCUCGAUUUCCAUCAAUGCGCAGGGUGGCCCCAGGAACAAGUCUUUUCUUGAUGAAAUGUUGCAGUCCUUCGAGAGCAUCGAAGGCCUCGCUCUGAUCACAAUCUACUCCAAUCCUUUAGGUUCGCUUCCUGACGAGGACAUCGAGAAGGCUAGUGGGAGAGUGUGGCGGCGUUACGAAUAUGCGCUCCGGAACAUUCUUGUACUGCUCGUCAAUCUGCUCUAUCUGGACCCGAACGCAUAUCUCUGCCGUGAAUAUCUCACGACGAUAAUGGCAGAAUGGAAAGAGCUGACCAAUGAGGCGGAGUUCACGUCUUUCAAAGAAUCCUCGCUCAAGCGCAUGCCGUCCAGUCCGCUGAUAUAUCUCCUCUCCACCAAAUGGCCCCCUGUAUACAGCCAUGUUCUGGAUCAAUUCUCCGCCCUCAUCACGCCCACCAACUCGCAACCUCCCCGACUUUACCAGGAGCUCCCGGCCGGUGAGCAGGCGUUCAGAGCCAUCCCCAUCACAUUCGCACCGCCAGCACGACGAGAAACCCCAUACAAAUCAGAGGCUGCCAUAUUCCGCGCAGUUCUCUUGGAUGACAACCAAUCCCCGGAAGAUGGUCAUGCCUCGCACGUAAACACGCCAGACAGCCCGUCCAAUAGAAGUGUAGAGGAAGGCAGUCUCGGCUUGGAUGGGACGGUGCACCUACAGGGCACUGACGAAGCGCAGGCCUGA